AUGUCACAAAUUGAUAAACUAGGAAUACUGGGAAUUCGUUCUUUUAGUCAUGAAGAACCUCAGUAUAUCAAGUUUCUUUCUCCAUUUACUCUCAUUGUUGGUGCCAAUGGUACUGGGAAAACUACUAUUAUAGAAUGUCUCAAAUAUGCUUGUACUGGUGAUCAACCUCCAAAUAGUAAAGGUGGUGCCUUUAUUCAUGAUACAAAGAUCGCAGGCGUCAAAGAAGUCAAAGCUCAAAUUAGAUUAAAAUUCAUUGAUAUUGAUGGUCAACGUAUUCUUUGUAGUCGAUCCAUGUCACUUACUCAAACCAAGACAAAAACAACUCAAAAGACUUUGGAUAGUUCUUUACAACGAUAUAACCCUGUUUCUGGAGAAACCUUUAGCAUUAGUUCUCGAUGUGCCGAUAUGGAUGCUUUAUUACCUAUUCAUCUUGGAGUACCAAAAGCUAUAUUGGAAAAUGUUAUCUUUUGUCAUCAAGAAGAAAGCAACUGGCCAUUAUCGGAACCAUCAGUAUUAAAAAAGAAAUUUGAUGAUAUAUUUGCAUCUACCAAAUAUACAAAAGCACUCGACAGUAUUAAAGAUAUUCGAAAGGAACGCGCUCAAGAUGCACGAACAGAUCAAGUACGACUAGAAGGAUUAAAAAACGAUACUUUAAAAGCACAACGAUUACAAUCAGAUGUCAAUAAUAUGGAAAAAGAAUGUCAGGAUAAACAAUCAAAAAUUGAACAUUUGGAUCAACAAAUACACAAUACUUCUAUCGAAAUUGAACGUCUUUUGGAAGUCCAUCAACAAAGUCAAACUCUGACCAACAAAAUCUCUCAAAUUAAACAACAACGGGAUCUAUAUAUCGCCAACCUUCAAGAAUUAGAAAAAGAUCUGACAGAAAGAAGUGAAACCGAUGAAGAACUUAGCUCUUUAUUACAAGCUCAAUCCAAUAAAACUACCUCUAGUGAAGAUGCACGCAACAAAUUGGAAUCUGAAAGAAAUCGACUGGAAAAACAAUUGCAAAUGGCUCGUGACAAAGUAUCUUCCAAACUUACUGAAAUAGGACGAUUACAAGCUGAAUCUGAUAUUCAUGGCCAAUGUAUGGAAGAACGCAGCAGAUUGAUUCGUGAUAUUUAUCAUGAGUUCAAUCUUGACUAUACAUCACAAACGGAUUCCUUGGAAGCAACAAAAAUUAUUCGACAGACUAUAUCAAAAAUGGACAAGGAACUUCAACAGCUGAAUACUGAACAAAACACUUUAUCGGAUGAACUUCAAACUCUCAAAUCAGAACGAUAUGGGUUAGAUCAAGCAAAAAAACAUACUCAACAUGAACUGGAUAAAGAUAAUGACAUCAUUCGGUCAUUGACCAAUCAACUGGAAACUAUGCGUGCUACUCAUGUGGACUUUGAUGUGGAAAAGGACCGAUUGGUGAAAGAAGAGGAUCGUUUAGCAUCACACAAGGCUUAUAUGAGUAACAGAAACACAGAUAGUCUGCUCUCCAGUAAAGAACGACAGUUACGGGACCUUGAUGAUCAAAUCACUAACCUCAACGAUGAAAUGUCAAAACUCAGCUUACAAGGUGAUACACAUGCGCGUCUGGCAUUGAAGCAAACCGAUCGAGAUGCAAAGUUAGCCGCCGCUCGCAGCAUAUUUGAACAAUGCAAGGAUGAGGUUGUACAAAGAAUGGAAACUGAACCAACAUUGGAACGAUUGGAUCAGGAUCUAAAAUCUCUAUUGGAAAAGCAAAUUUUGGAAAUCUCUGCUAUUCAGAAUCGAUGUGAUCAAGCCAAUCGUGAUCUCUCUUCCGUGGAAACUCUCUAUUCCAUCACUCGAAAUUCCAUCAAGGACAAGAAAACUGAAAUUGACUCCCUAAAAACUGCCAUUGACGCUGUAUGUCCUGAUACUUCCUUGCCUGAUGAACUGAAAAAGGUAGAAGAUGACAUUAUGGAUCUACGAAGCAAAAUAUCAAGUCUAGGUGCCGCUGAACUUUUAUACUCAAGAUUUGUCAAAAAAGCAGAAACCAAUCAUCAUUGUCCAUUAUGUACUCGUCAAUUUGCUCAAGAUAAUGAACUUGCCCGAUUCAUUGAAAAGGUGAGUUUGAAAAGAAAAAUUCCAAACCAGCAAACAGAUUAUUCUCAAAGGGUGCAAGAAUUGGAACAAAAGCAACAACAUAUCCGGUCUUUGGAAAGUUCUUGGAUUAGGAUGGAUACUCUACGUAACAAGGAUUUGGCUGAAUUGGAAAAAACGGCUUUGGAACAGGAAAAGAAGCAAGAUGAGGCUACGAAUAAAAUGUUGCAAGCAGAAAUGGUACAAGCCUUAGAGGAUAGAAAAAAGCUGGAACGUAUUUUUAAACUCUCUGAAGAUGCUGUUCGACAAUAUCGUGAAUCAAAACAGUUGGAUAAGGAUAUCAGCCGCUUGGAAGCCGACAUUAGAGAUACAGGUUCAACACGCACCAUUACUGAUUGUCAACGAGAAUUAGAAGAUUUGGCGGAUCAAAGUAAAACUGUACGAAAGGAAAUUAAGCGACUCCAUGAUGACCGUGAAAUUUCAAUGAAAACUCUACAGCGACUGGAAAAUAAUGUUCGGGAUGCAAGAGACAGUUUAACACAACUUCAGCAUCGUAUGGAUGCCAAGACAAGUAUUGAAGAAAGAUUAUCAGCUGCUCGAAGAUCUCUGAAUACCAAUAAGACUAUCAUGAAGGUAAAAAAAAAAAAAAAGGAAUUUAAGGGAAGGGAGAAGAACAUUUUGGAUACCAAGAUUGAUGAUACAACCGCCUCUUUUGAAAAAUGCCGAGAUGAAUGGAAAACAAAGUAUGAUCAUGCUCAUCGCUCAGUUAACCAAGGAAAACAACGUAUGGAUUUGUUAGAUACCCUCACUAUCAAGAUUGAAAGAUACAAUAAUAGUAAUAAUGCCUCACGUUUGAAAGACUUAACGAAUGAAAAGAUUCAACUAGACAAACGAAUUCAAGUACUGACUGAAGAUUUAGAAGGAAAAGAUGCUCAAGUUCGAGUUAUGGAUAAAGAAAUGGCAGACCAACAAGGCAUUGAACGACAAUUGAAAGAUCAUCUGCGAUAUCGAAGUAUCAAACGACAGCUAGAAACUUGCAUCAAAGAAUUAGAAGAAUACCAACGACAAAGUCAACAAUUCCGAAAAGCAACAUAUGAACAAAAACUCGACCUUUUGAAAGACAAGCAAUCACAAUAUAUCAGCACACGAGGAGGAUUACAAGGGGAAAUACGACAAAUGCGUGAUCAACUGCAGAGAUAUCAACAUGAUCUCGACACUGAUUACCUACAUGUACAGGAACGGUACAACAAACAGUUUGUACAGGUUAAAACAAACGAAAUUGCUGUGAAUGAUUUGGAGAAAUAUACCAAGGCAUUACAACAGGCUAUUAUGCGUUACCACUCUUUGAAAAUGGAAGAUUUGAAUAAAAUUAUCAAGGAAUUAUGGAUGAGUACAUAUCGCGGUGGAGAUAUCGAUUAUAUUGAAAUCCGGUCUGAUGCUGAAGGAACAACUGCUGCCAAUCGAUCUUACAAUUAUCGGGUGGUGAUGGUGAAAGACGGAAAAGAAAUGAAUAUCCGAGGUCGUUGUAGUGCUGGACAAAAAGUGCUUACAUCUAUUAUUAUCCGAUUGGCUCUUGCAGAAACAUUUUGUAUUCAUUGCGGUGUAUUGGCUUUGGAUGAACCUACCACGAAUCUGGACCGUGCUAACAUUGAAAGUCUGGCUGAUAAUUUGGCAAAAAUCAUUCAAUCUCGAAAGGCUCAAUCUAAUUUCCAACUAAUUGUGAUUACUCAUGAUGAAGAUUUUGUUGAAUAUUUAUCAAGAGCUGAAGUAGCUGAAAAUUAUUAUCGUAUAUCCAAAGAUGAAAAGUAA